GCAGCUGAAGAGCGGCGGCUCAGGCGAGAGAGGCUGAGCGGCAGAUAUGGCGGAGGCUGACCGGUCGCCACAUGAGUACCGAGAGACACACGCUCAUGACAGGGACGGAGACGGCGUCAAAGCGGCAGCGCCGCUGCGCGGGCGUGGCUGCGGAAGAAAACGGAAAGGGACACCUGUGAAAGUCUUUGUCACGUCCGCGGAGGAGGAGAACAACUCUGAGCAGACACUCAGCAGAGGUGAUCGUAAGGAAGCAGCUGAGAGUAAACGUCCCGCAGUGGACGGGCCUGUCCCCAAGACAGAACCAUCUCCCAACAGCUGUGGUCCACCAGAGUCGACUCAUAAGAAAAUCUCCAACACAUCCAAGGCUAGCUCCAGCUCAGCCUCCACGCCGGCUUCUUCUUCAGCUCGGACCCCAACCCCAGUGCCCGCUCCUGUCCCCGCGACCUCCGCUCAAGCUCCUUCUGUGACCCCAACAUCGACAGCACCGACCGCCCCGGUCGCCUCCGCGACCGCCCCGGCAACCGGCUCCUUCCCACCUUCCCCUAACUGCCGCAUCAGAGAGGUUCACUGUGGCAGCCAAGUGCGACUAGUGGUCAUUGCUAUCCGAGACAUCACCAAAGGGGAGGAGAUCACUGUGGACUACAGCCUGACCGAAUGGGGCGAGAACCUGGGUUUCCGUGGUUCCAUGUCUCCAGCACAACAUGAGUGUAACUCUGAUAUGGAGAAUAACAACGUCAAAAAGGAGGAUGAGCCCAUGUCCACCAGCCAGCGAGUGAAAAAGCAGCAACAGUACCAGGACUAUGUCACCCCCUCUUGGUCCCUUUCCCCCUCUUCCUCACCCAUCUCGCACUCUGAUGCCAGUGAGUCCGAUGCAGGAGAUGAGGACAAUGCAAGCCCCCGUGGGCGCACCCCACGUCGGCGCAAGAAGCGGCGUGGUACCCCUUCGAGGAAAAAGACACACCCUCGGACUCUGUCAGGGCACCCUGCACCUGCCUCUUCCAGUCGUCCUCGCCCUUCUUCUCCCAGUUCCUCUUUCUCCACCUCAACCAAGCCCAUGUUUAAAGCUCCUGCUCCUCUCAGCCCCAACAGCACGAGUAACACGGACGUCCCUCGAGGAGGUGUGUCCAUUGAUUCCAUGCGCCAAACUUGUGAGUACUGCGGGCGCCACUUCCGCUCUCUGGGCCGCCAUUUAGACAAACACCACGCCCACCAGCCGGACGUCUGCUCUGCCCUCGUGGAGCGUUACACCCAGAUGCCCCGCCUGCACACGGAUAACACAAAUGUCGGCGCAGCCCACGCCCUUCACGACACGGCGGCGUCACCCGGCGCGACAGAGAGCCGAGUAGAACAAAGCGGUGUUCAGGACCUCUCUCUAUGUCCUCCUACCGCAGCCAAACAACCGCCGGCCCCGGCUUCACCUGCAGCGACGCCUCCGCGAGGGCCGAACGCUGUGGCGGUGUCUGUCCUGAAGAGGAGCCCGCCCCCGGUGGCUGAGACCAGAAAGGGAGGAGGGAGGAGACUAAAGAAAGAACGACCGGAUGACGACGAAGAUGAAGAAGUCGUUGAGGUCGUGCAAGAAAAGAGGCCCAAAGAGGAGGACGUCGAGGUCGGCUGCGCUCAGUCCUUCAGAAACGAGUUGUCCAAAGAGAUGCCGAAACAAAAAAUGGAGGAAGAGGAGGAUGAAGAGGAAGAUAAUGGUGUGAUGGAUGUGGACGAUGAAAGUGGCGCAGAGGAUAAAGAAAAAGACUCGUUAAGUUCCGGGCGUCACCAGAUGCUGCCCCUUCUGUCGUCUCUGUCGUCCCUCGUCCUGUACCUCCGCCGGCUGCAGCAUUCGGCCUUCCUGUCGCUGUCUCGCCAGCUGCAGUCAGCCGAGGCCUGGCGCCUCCUAUGCCACUCCAGUCUGGCUCUCCUCAUCUUGUACAACCGACGGCGUGAGUGCGAGGUCUCCAAGUUGUCCAUCACAGAGUACCGUGCGCGUGUCACUCCUCAGUGCCCCAUUCCCGUUCCCCCUGGCUCUCCCCCUGCUCUCACCCCUCUGGAGGCCUCACUGUCUCCCUUUGAGCGGCUAGUUCUUUCCCACCUCCCGCGGGUCGGCGUCCAGGGCAAGCGUGGGCGCACCCAGCCCCUCAUUCUGCCCCCUCACUGCGAGCCCUGCCUGGAAAUCCUCCUGCAGACACGCCGAGAUGUGGGCGUCGACCCGGUCAACCCUUACGUCUUCGCCAGGCCCUACCACUCCCCUGCCACGCCACUGCGAGGCACAGACCUCCUCCGAAGCCUGGCCCGCUCCAGCGGCACCCGUAAUCCCAGAGCCCUCACUCAAACCAGGGUACGACGGCAGGUGGCCAUCCUGACCCAGUUGCUGCUUCUCGGAGAAGGAGAGGAGCCGGGACAGCUGGGAGGUGGUGCGGUAGAAAGGCUGGAGCACUUCUUGGAGAGAGAGUACCACGUGACACAGAACUGUGCCGGAAUUGGCCAAGAUCCAGGUCUAAUGGGCAGAGUGGGCCGUGUUGUGCUGUGUGGAGAAAGAGAUGGAGUUCUCUUCAGAGGCAUGAGCCUGAACCACAUCUGCUUGGAGCUGGACGUUAUGUCAGGGAACUCCGCAGACUCGUAUUCAGAGGCAGAAUCAGAAGGGGAGCAAGUAAAGGAGAAGCCAGAUUCCCCCACCAUUGCCUCAGCUCCAAAAUCCACUCCGACCCUGCUCUACGUGAGGAAGGGCAAGAACAAUGGCAGAGUGGGACGACCCAAGAAGCUCAAAAACACCCAACCAGAUGUUCCGCCUCUUCCUCCUCUACUGCCAAUUAGUCGAAGGAGAGGCUCGGGGAAGCGUGGCGUUCUUAAGCGUCCAUGGUCCGAGGCAGAGCGCGCUGCAGUGGAGGAACACCUGACCCAAAACAUCAACGAGCUGCGCGUGCCUGCAAAGGCCGACUGUGAGCGAUGCCUGCAACAGUGUCCUCUGCUGGUCAGCAACCAACGAGACUGGCGGGCCAUUAAGUUUUAUUGCCACAAUCGCAUUCAGCUGCUGAAGAAGAAUCAGCGGCGUGAGAGCGAACCGCUGCCCCUCACUGUGUGCUGAGAGAGGAGGCGGGAGGGAGAGUCCAUGUUUUUUUUGUUUUUUAAAUCUCUAUUGUGGUAAAACAGCAGUGCCAUGUUAGGCAAUACAUGACAAUAACUGCAGCCUACACUGUUCUGUUUGGAUGUCUCUUCUAAUGUGUAAACUUGUGCCGCAUUUAAUCUCUACACUGUUGUUAGAUGAAGUAGCAUUAGAGGUCCAUGCAACUGGAAGUUUAACACCGACACCCGCGUUUCUUUCAAUGGAGGUAGAGAAAGACGUUCAUUGUAGAAGAAUCCAAACGCAUUUUUUUUUCUAUUCAUGCCGUUGACCUCAGUGUUGCCUUUAGUAUUAUUACAUUUGAAUGAAAGUAAGUUAUGGUACUUCUACUAUUCACUAUUCAAUUAGUUAACCUUCUAAAAUCUUUCAAUGGAGGUACAAUUCCAAAGUUGGAAGUUAUACAUUUCAUGUGAGAGUAAAUGUGACAUCAGAAUGUUUAGUUGUGAGGUUUGCAGUACCUGCAAUGUUUUGUUCAAACUUCCAUUCACAGAACCUUUAUCAAAGCUGUUUGGACCAGUGUGUGUCCACUCUCCCUUUCGCAGUUUUAUCAUUGAGGAACGGUGUUGUCGUUUUUCUGUGUGGCGCGACAAUGGUUAUCCACAGCAGUAAAAUGUGCGACAGUAUCGGCCCAUAGGCUGGAUAUCGAUUUUAUGUGUAAAUAGCAAAGAGACCCAUCCUCGUGUUAAGUUUCUUCAAGCGUGGGCAGUUACAAACUCUGAAAAGUGAUUGUUCUGUGUUUCCAUCUUGGUUACAAUGUCUGGCAUAUUAUUCUCCCAUAGUUUAUUUUUCAGUUACAUCUGAAUUUUGCAUUAAAUAAUCUCUUAAUCCAUAAUUCAAGAGUCUGUGAAAACCCAAGAUGAAUGCUUAAAGUUAAUUCAAGUUUGCUGAAUCUGUAUUGCCAGUCCUUGCUAUCUACAUUGUAUAUAACAAAUAUAUCGUCACGAUAAAAAAACAGACUAUAUGUAGCCUCCUUCAUUUCUGAGUCAUUAAUAUCUGUAUAUAAUACUGUUUUGUAAAUAUACUUCUCAGAGAAACAAAGGAACGACACAGUUUGACAUGCCUUGGUUGUUUUGUUUUCUUUUUAUAAGUCUUAUAAAACUUUAAAGCCCUA